CUGGUAUAGACCUAUCAGAGAUCAACUGGCUACAACAUGAUGCAAAUGAUAUCAAGCCUUCCUCCUUCUUCAGAUCCCGACAGUUCCUAUUUAUGUUCGCCUUCGGGCUAGGCAUAAUAGCCGCCAUAUUCCUUGUCGUCCCGCUCCCUCCCCAGCUCUCCGCACUAGAAGACUUUGACCUUCCCAACUUCUCCAUCUCCGAUGCGAUGCCCAACUGGUCGCUUGAACUCUCUCUGUCACAGAUCGUGGCUAAUGUUCGGGAAACGAUGGCUCCGACGAGCGAGUGGCUCACGAGUAGGGACUUUAAGGUCGGUACGGAGCUGGCCGAGAAGGGGUAUGCGGCGGAGUUCCCCGUGAUCAUGGUACCGGGUAUUGUGAGCACUGGGCUGGAGAGCUGGAGCACUUCGGAAGAAGCGAGGACGUUCUUCAGGAAGAGACUGUGGGGGACGACUACGAUGAUACGCGCUGUGUUAACGGAUAAGGAACGGUGGGUCAAGUCGCUCAAACUCGAUACGACGACUGGACUGGACCCACCGGGGAUCAAAGUUCGCGCUGCUCAAGGCAUAGAUGCUGCAAGCACAUUCAUACCCGGAUACUGGAUAUGGGCAAAGGUGAUCGAGAACCUCGCAUGUCUGAACUACGACAGCAACAACCUCUUUCUCGCGGCGUACGACUGGCGACUCUCCUUCUAUAACCUCGAAGAACGCGACUCCUAUUUUUCCCUGCUCAAGAUGCGAAUAGAGCUCUACAAGCAGAAACAGGGGAAGAAGACAGUAAUUGUUGGACAUAGUAUGGGUUCGGAGUACUUCCUAAAAUGGGUCGAGGCGUCGGGUCCAAAGUACGGCAACGGCGGCCCAAAAUGGGUUGACGAACAUAUCGAAGCGUUCGUGAAUAUUGCAGGUACGAUGUUCGGUGUUGCGAAAGCGAUAACUGCAUUUUUGUCUGGGGAGAUGAAGGACACAGUUGAGAUCAACCCUGCUGGAUCAUAUGUCCUGGAGCGAUACUUUAGCCGCAGAGAGCGUGCACAGAUAUUCCGCAGCUGGGCAGGGAGCGCUAGCAUGUGGAUCAAAGGCGGUAACGAUAUUUGGGGCAAUGGCGAGCACGCUCCGGACGACCCCGAUAAUUGUACCUUAAGUCAUGGCCGGUUCUUCUCCUUCCAGCAAGAGCAUGGGGACCAUGUGCAUCAGAUUGCUAACAUGACUGCUGAUGAAGUGAGCAAGUGGGUACUGGAAAGGACGCCUGUCGAGUUCCAGCGAAUGCUCGCCACGAAUUAUAGCUAUGGUAUGGAACGGGACGAGGAAAAACUGAAGAAAAACGACCAUGAUCAUACCAAAUGGGUGAACCCCUUGGAAGUUAGACUUCCAAACGCGCCGGACAUGAAGAUUUAUUGUUUGUAUGGGUACGGCAAGGAGACUGAGCUUAUGUAUACUGAGGGGCCAUACGAGCCUGGUGAGGAACAUAGCGACUCUUCUAGCAUCGCACCCAGCGCCGAAAGUGUCAUGUCCACUAACGGAUCAAUGCUGCGGGGAUCCCUUGAUCUACCCACAUUGAAGAAGAAUUGGAUAGACACAUCUGUGAAUUAUGAAGCGGGUUUUCCCAAGAUCAAGAAUGGAGUAAAGGUGGGUGAAGGUGACGGGACAGUCUCGCUUAUAUCGCUCGGUUCGAUGUGUGUCGAAGGCUGGAAACACCCACGCUGGAACCCUGCAAAAAUACCCGUCACUGUACAAGAGAUGCUGCACGAGCCGGAAACGCUUGAUCUCCGGGGUGGGCCAAAGACUGCGGACCACAUAGACAUCCUUGGCUCGACAGCGCUGAAUGAGGCGAUCUUGAAGGUUGCGAGCGGGCGAGGACAGGAGCUAGAGGACAGGUUUGUGAGCCCGAUACAAAAGUAUGUGAAGAGGAUGAAAUGGGACUGAGGCGCAGAAACUGCCUCGCGGAGACGGUGAUGAUCGAAUGCAGUAGUAGAUUUCACCAAAUUUAGGAAGGAGAUAUAUCUACAUGCAG